UGGGUGUGGCUAAGUGCUGUGCCGUUCGCCGUGCCUUCGCGACAUGCGUUAAAUCGUAUCUGUUGUUUGGUUGUCGUUUGUGUUACCGUGCUGACUUCACUUGUUAUUUUGAGAUAACAAUACUCUUCAGAUUCUGUUGUUUGUUGCUAACAGUAAGAGAGGAAGAGAGGUAUCAUCCAAUGCGGACAUGACAAUUACCAGGCCCGCUCUGUUCGACAGCGGAGAGCGUGACUGGCCAGAGGUUGCGGGUCAUGAGGCAAAAACACCUGCUUAGUGCCUGCUCAGUGCCUGCUUUUCUGGCCUUCUCUCGCCCUUCUGUCCUCCUUCUCACUUCCCGAGACGCCCCUUGUAAGGAGCGGAGAUGUCUGUGAGGGGGAGGCAGAGAUCGCCCUCAGGCAUAGGUCUGCUUGUGCUGUGCUGCGUCCUGGGCUGCAGUUCGGCGUCUUCGUUUAAAGGCCUUGACCUUAGCGAUGCAGUCAAAGUCGGGUCACUUGAGCGCGUGACCUCCCUGCUCGAGGAAGGAGCUGAGGUCGACGCCAGGGACAAGCAAGGCUGGACUCCCCUCCAUAACGCAGCGAACUUAGGAAACGAGGAAAUGGUACGAAUACUGAUAAAUUACGGAGCAGACAUCAACGCGAAAGAUUAUCAGUAUGAAAGGACACCGCUACACAUGGCUGCCUACAAUGGACAGUUCGCCAUCCUGACAACACUCUUGAAGGCCCACGCUUCUCUUGACAACACUGAUAUCAAUGAACGCACGCCCCUCCACCUGGCAGCGUGGAGCGGCCAUAGGAGAGAAGCGCAGGGCCUGUUGGCAGUCGACGCCAAUAUCAACGCCAAGGAUAGGUACGGAAGUACACCAACCCAGCUGGCGACCAUUCGGCAUUUUCCCGAUCUGGUUUGGCUGCUGUUGUCUUACUGCCCAGAUCUGAGACUGGAGGACAAUAGAGGGUUGACAGCUUUCGACUAUGCUCAGGGUAUCGACGACGAGGAAUUAUUAAACAUUUACAAAGAGCAUAACUCUUCCCCCUGCAGUCGCCACAGAAUCAACACUGCCAGGAUGGUCGCCCCAAUGCCAUACGAAGGUACAGGAGCCAACUGCCCCCGCGGAGAGCGCUAUUUCCCCGACGAGGACCUCCCCUACACGUGGUGGCUGAAGGAGACCAGUCCAGGUGUUCCUCUGGUCAUUACCUGUCCUCCUGGUAUGAACGGGACCGCUACCUGGACCUGUGGGGUGGACGGGACGUGGGAGAAAGCUCCUGUGCUCGAGCAGUGCCGCUCGGUUGUCGUCAGAGAGUGGGAACAGACUCUUUACGACCACACCAUCUCUGCCGCAGACAUCAUCACCUCCAUCGCCACGAGCCUCCGAGAUGUCACGCUGGGUUCGGGUGACCUCAUUACGAUCGGGGACAUCCUGGGUCACCUGCAGCAGAAGCACGAGAGCGACCUGCUAAGUGUGAGCGUGCAGAGCGAGGCACUCGAUCUUGCUAAGAGGUACCUGAAGGGGUCACUCGAGAUCGUGGACGCCAUGCUCGCGUACCCGGGGCUGUGGUGGGGCCUCCUUGUGGAAAACCGAGUCCUGGCCUCCAGCCUUCUUCAGGAUAGCCUCUGCUACAGCGCCAUCAUGCUGGCUACUUAUCAGGAGUCUUCUACCACGGAUUUCUCGCUGGCUAGUCUACACACGCGCGUGGUAAAACAACCCCCCUGGUACUACGGAAAAGAACAACGGACCUUCACCCACCCUCUGUACAACCGGACGUGGAUUCGCCUCCCGGAGAGUUUUCACGAAGACCACCUGGACACCCGGAAUCAGGUGAAGGUGGUGUUCGUCGCCUACAAUGAGCUGCAUUGCACUAUCAACAGCUUGCCGUGCAACCCGCCAAUUGCAAAGCACACAGUUGACCUGCCAGCUCGAGAUCAGGUCAACAGUGCCGUUAUUGGUGCCAAAGUGAGCGGGGUUUCGACCUGGUAUGCCGCACUAGACGAAUACGUGGAAAUCAGCUUCCAACACAUCUACACGGGUGACAUCUACCUCCUGGGACGUCCGACGUGCGUGUGGUGGGACAUCCGAUCUCACAGUUGGGCGAAGGAUGGCUGCCGAUUGGUGGAGACCGGUAAAUUUGUGUCUGUUUGUCACUGCGAUCAUCUGACGAACCUCGCUGUUGUCAUGGAUAUCAACGGACUCGUGGAUGAUACUGAUGUGAUGUACUACGUGCUGCAGUGCGUCAUCAUCAUCGGCUGCGUGGUGACGGUGGUGAGCCUCGCCCUGUGCAUCCUCUGCUUCCUCAUCUUCAAGGACCUGAAGGAGAAGACGAGCUCCUUAGUCCACGCCAACCUCUGCGGGAGUCUCAUGCUUGCGGAGCUCGUGCUCUUGGGCGGUCUGGACGCAGCUGAAGACAUGGUUGCUUGCAAGACGGUGGCGGCGCUGAUCCACUAUUUCUUCCUGGCGACUUUCACGUGGAGCGCCAUCGGGGCUUUCCAUGUGUAUAUGACUUUCGUUAAGGUGCGGAAACCCGAACGAUCGCCUCUGAAAUACUACAUGUGCGUGGGAUACUUGGCUCCGUUCUCGUACGUCUCACUAACACUGGCAUUCACACACGGCGAGGGAUAUGCCACCCGGAAAGCGUGCUGGUUAUCUCCAAAUGGUGUUUUGUGGACCUUCGCGGGGCCUCUCGCUAUAAUCAUGUUGAUAAACGCUGUCGCCUAUUUCAUGACAAUGCAAGUGACUUGGCGGGAAAACGCGCUCAUCGCCAACAGCAUUACCAACAGCAACAACAACAUCACCAAGAGCAGCAGCAGCAAAAACAACAGCAAUAACAGCACCAGCAGUCGUAGUAGCAACAGCCAGAAGAAAAAGGCAGAGUCACCCAUGAAGAAAGUCUGCAGUUCUUUGGCUGUCGUGUUUAUCCUCUGCUUAACCUGGAUGGCGGGAUUCUUCUACUUUAUCAGCGAAACCUACAUAAUGGCCGGUAUCUUCACGCUCCUCAAUUCCAUGCAGGGGGUCGUGAUCUUCGUUUUCCACAUAGCGAUCAACACCCCUAUUACGCAAGAGGUUAAGCGGCUACUGAAGUGAACAGAGAGGAUAUUCACUGGGGUUGAAACCUUCUGAUACGCAAACCGCUUCUACCUACAAGAGGAUCUUUCAAAGUCUUCUAUUCCUGCGCUGCAACUCUCUGCAAUCUUUAUGCAAAUUAAGCACGUCUUAGGUUCUUCAUGACGGAAGGGAGAAGAAACUAGAAGAUAAAGAAGAGGAGGAACUGUUAUAAAAUCAAUGGCAGAAGAUUCACAUCUUCGAUUUUAUUUUUUGGCAAAUCGUCUUUGUCAGUGACUAUAUUCUGGUCUGUUUUUUUAAUUUUGCAUUUGAUUUUUUUUAUAUAUAUUUCCACUUU